GCGAAUUAAACAGAGCAAGCGCGUAGAUACAACCAGAAUCCACUUACCUUUAUCCGUUCUCAGUUGACAUCAACCCUCUAAAAAUAAGCAAUCAGUUCAAUAACCAGUGGUGAUUUAAAAUAAAUUACUCACAUAUCCCCAAGUGUUGUAUCAACUUCUUGGCAACGAAAUGUCAAGCAACAAGUGCAUUAAAGCCCCGAGGAAGGCUUACACGAAAGAGCCUCAGGACAUGAGCCACCAAGAGAAGUUGCGGCUCAUUGACGAUGAACUCAAUUCAUUUUACAGAUAUUGCCAACAAGCCGGAUUUACCGAGGAAGAGAUGGACAUAAUUUGCCAACCCCUUGUCGCAGCUAUGCGUCGCUCCUGGCUCCAAUUGGUUCUCCGAGCGACUGUAAUUCUGGUAGUAAUUGGUACCAUCACUUGUGCUGCUAUUCAGCUGGACUUUGUUGGAACUCACUUCUCGGCUCUGUCGCGUUUGUUGGCUGUAAAAAUUCUGCCUUUUUGGAACUGGCAGCAUCUUUACCGCGAGAAUUGUAUGAUGAAUAACCCGUUCUACACCGAGUACCCCAUCGCCGAGGUUGAUUGCGUCGUAAGCUAUAGAACUUGCGAGUCUGUUGAAACGAUUGACCGUCUGUCUGAUGUUCGUUAUCGUCAACUGGUCGACAAUUAUUUGAGCCGAGAUGCUCCGGCUAUCAUCACCGACGCGAUGGACACCUGGGCUGCUAUAAAUACCGAUUACUUCUGGUUUGAUAAUAUCACGCAUCUGUACUUAGGGAACGAACGUCUUAUGGAAACGGUACCCUGCUCACUUACAUCGAAUCUCAGGACCGGUUCCUCGGAUCUUGCGGCAUUUCUUCGGCGUGUUCAUUCACCCGAGGUAGCCAAAUGGUUCGUUCACUGGCAGAACUGCGAUAUUAAUGCUGUCAAAGCUCUCAGAAAGUAUUAUCAACGGCCGUACUUCCUGUCAAGUACCGUGUCUCCAGCACACUUCAAUUGGGUUUUGAUGUCCUCUGAUUAUAAUAGUCCGAGUUAUAAGAGAGUUGAACUGGAUUCUGGUCUCAUUGCACUUGCUCAACUUCGGGGAGCUACUCAGUUACGGCUUACGCCUAUAAACCCCUGUAACAGUUCUUGUCCUGAGCUUAUUGCCGAUUUGCAUCGAGGCGAAAUGCUUGUAUUCACAAACUUGAUGUGGAACCUGGAAUACGCGCCGAUGAGAGGGCUAGAUAACAUAGCGAUCCUCACGGAAACAGUCUGGGACGAGGAUCCAUAAACAUUUGAACUUACCUAUCAAUCAAUGUCUUAAAAAGUAACUAAUUGAUUAAUUAAAUGAAGCAUUGACGCUCUUAAAGACAAGUAUUUAAUCUACAGCGUAAUUAUUAAAAAAUAAACGCUAAUUACUCAACA